AUGACUUUACUGGAUAAUGGCACUUCAGAGAUAAUUAACCCUGAUACGUAUUUUCAAACCCACACACCAUCGCGAACGUUAAUUGAGGAUGAAAUUCGAGUUAAAGAAUUUGUAAAUAAACAUCACGAAGCUGGUAGAAAGAUAGUUUUAGUUACGAGUGGAGGGACUACAGUUCCACUUGAGAAUAAUACAGUGAGAUUUAUUGACAAUUUCAGCGCCGGGACUCGUGGUGCUACUUCUGCUGAAUAUCCUUUUAUCAUUUCUGUUGUUUGGAUUUGCGGUUAUAUAUGGGGUGGCAUUAACAAAAGUGAGGGUGGCAUUAACAGCUCUCCUUAUGAUCCUUAUUUAUUAUUAGUUAAUUCCAAAUAUGCUUCAAAAAUGAAAUUUGUUUUAGAAAAAUAUCAAGAGUUCAAAAAGAAUGAAACUCUUUUACUACUUAAUUUUGUUACUGUGACAGAUUAUCUUUUUCUUCUUCGUAGUGUUACAAAUAUUAUGUCUGUUUUAAAAGAAAAUGCUAUGUAUUAUCUUGCGGCAGCUGUUAGUGACUUUUUUAUUCCAGCCCAAAAAAUGUCUCAACACAAAAUUCAAUCAGAUGGAGGAUUGACUCUAACGAUGGAUCAAGUGCCAAAAUUUUUGAAACCAAUGGUUACGAAUUGGGUUCCUGGUGGAUUUAUCGUUUCAUUUAAGUUGGAGACGGAUCCCGCGCUUUUAGUUGAUAAAUCAAGACUUGCUCUCAUGCGAUACGGUCAUCAAAUAGUUAUUGCAAACCUACUUACUACCAGAAAACGUGAAGUUGUUCUUAUUACUCAAGAUUCUGAAUUCCAAAUUAAAUUAACAGAAGAUGAAAUUGCCGAAGACAAGGAAAUUGAAUCCAAGAUCAUUCCUGAAUUAGUGAAAAGACAUUAUGAAUGGAUUCGCAAUGCAAGUCAUACGGGUUUAUAA